GCUUGGCAGACAGACAGAGCAGUGUGCAGAGGACUUUGGGGUUUUAAAGUGCAACUCUGCGGCGCAGUUUGCUCAUUCACAACAUGCUGGCUCAUCUUCACUACUACUACUACUAGGCAACUAAAAUAAUCCUGAAUUUUAUUUUUAUUUUAAAGCUAUAUUUAGGCUCCAGGUGAGUUGACAGGUGCGUGGACCUGUUGGUUAGAAACAUUUGGAUAAACUCGCGCAAACUAUUGUAAGAGGGCAAUGCAGAGGAGGAGGUGUGCAGAGCGCAGUGUGGCCGGCAGUGAGAGAGGGUGAUGUGACCCUGCGUAAACGCCAAUGACCACCUCUCUCUCGCUCUCCCUCAAACACACGUGAAACAGCAGCAGCGCGUCCAUGUCCAGGGCUCAAGCCAGAAUGACUCUGUCCGGCGGUUUGUCGGAUACUUGUCAGCUCAUUUUACGCGACCGCAUGGAGCCGGAGCUGUGGAAGUAGUAGGCUACUUCAUCCAUGCUUUCUGGGGAAUAGUUGCUGCAACACGUUGUGAAGCGAACACAAGCCACCGUGCACACUUUGGAGAGAGCUACGAUGCGGGGCACUUUGGGCGCAUUCAUUCAGUCCUGUGUGAUACUGCUGGUCCGAGCAGACCAGUGGAGGUUGAAGGACUCCGCCAACUGCGAGCUUAACAAGAAACAAACUGACCUAAACUCCUUCCUGUGGACGAUCAAACGGGAUCCUCCCUCAUAUUUCUAUGGUACAAUCCACGUUCCCUAUACGCGCGUUUGGGACUUCAUCCCCGAAAACUCCAAGCAGGCCUUCCAGGAGAGCAACAUCGUCUACUUUGAGCUGGACCUGACGGACCCUUACACCAUCUCAGCCCUGACCAGCUGCCAGCUGCUCCCUCAGGGCGAGAACCUGCAGGAUGUCCUGCCCAGAGACAUCUAUCGGAGACUUAAGAGACACCUUGAGUAUGUAAAACUCAUGAUGCCUUCGUGGAUGACCCCGGAUCAGAGAGGUAAGGGACUCUACGCGGACUACCUCUUCAACGCCAUCGCUGGGAACUGGGAGAGGAAGCGGCCCGUCUGGGUGAUGCUGAUGGUGAAUUCGUUAACUGAGGCAGAUAUUAAGACACGAGGAGUGCCGGUGCUGGACUUGUACCUUGCCCAGGAGGCGGAGAGGAUGAGGAAGAGGACUGGGGCUGUGGAGAAGGUGGAGGAGCAGUGCCAUCCACUCAAUGGGCUCAACUUCUCCCAGGUGAUCUUUGCCCUGAACCAGACGUUAUUACAGCAGGAGUCUUUAAGGGCAGGAAGCCUACAGGUCCCGUACACCACCGAAGAUCUCAUCAGACACUACAACUGUGGAGAUCUCAACUCCAUCAUCUUCAAUCAUGACACCUCACAGGUCCCGAACUUCAAUAAUGUGACACUGCCACCCAGCGAGCAGGUGACCGCCCAGGAAAUAGACAGCUACUUUCGACAGGAACUCAUCUACAAGAGGAAUGAGAGGAUGGGGAAGAGGGUCAGGGCUUUGCUAGAAGAACACCCGGACAAGAGCUUCUUCUUUGCCUUUGGAGCAGGUCACUUUCUCGGCAACAAUACAGUCAUUGAUGUGCUUCGUCGCCAGGGAUACGAGGUGGAGCACACCCCUGCUGGGCAGCCAGUAAACAGGAGAUCAUCAUCCAGACUUGACUCACCAGAGUCAGGACACCACCACGAUGAGUCCCCUCUUCUGGAGCCUUUUUUCCAUGAGCUCCCCCACAAAGAGGACGAUCAGGGGCGUCCCCUGGAGGAUGAUCUGUUACCCCACAUGCUUCUGCCAGCGGAUAGCCUGGAGCUGCUGGAGAAAGCGGAGAGGAAAAUGCUGAAGAAAAAGAGGAGGAACAAGCAGAAGAAACAGCGGCACCGGCAUUUUAACGACCUCUGGGUUCGCAUCGAGGAGAGCACUAUGGUCCAGUCUCCGGCUCCCCCGCUGGUUCGCAUCAUCAAUGGUUACAUCACAGUGCAGCCGCCUGACAAAGUCCACAGCCACUACAACUACCAUCACAUAUCUUCGGCAUCGACCGCCCCCUCGUCCUCACCAUCUUUACUCGGCUUCCUCUGCACAUUGCUCACAGUGAUCCCACAGACGUGGACUGCGCUCCUCUAGUAGAGCACUGGUGGGGACUCUAUAAAAACAGCCAGGCUUCAUGAGUAUAAACUCUCACAUGUGGUGGUUUCACGUAUCGGCUCAGCCAGGUCUGAUGGUGCGUCAUGUGACCUAGAGGAGGCUGCGAAAGAGCUCGGUGACCCUCAGAAAAAAACAAAUACAUGGAGAAAGAAUGUGUCAGCUCGAGCUGUCAGGUAAACAGUAACUCCAUGGAUGUUAGGUUAGAUAACGUUUGUGUUGAAUGGUAAAUCAUGUCAAUAGAGCACGAGGCCUUGAUGAGCAUGUACGUUCAUACAACAUUAGGGUUUCUUCUUGGAACAUAAAGGUUUCAGGUUUUUUUUACACACACACACAGCAGGAGUGAGUACACGGGAAAGAAAAGCGAAAGCUACACAAACAUGAAGUGUUAACGGACAUCUCACUGACAUUACACAACAUGUCAGUUCCUUUAGUGUUGCUCAUUAUUCAACACUCAAACCUCUGGGAAUAUGAGAUCUCACUCAAGCAACUGUUCAGUGAAUGAACACGAGACACUCAAUAUCAAAUACCUUCAAUAAGUACAACUGGAACCAUAUGUAAUUUUUUGUGUGCGUGUGUGCGUGUGUGUGCGUGUGUGUGAAUGAGAGAGCGUGUGUCAGACAAACUAAGUCUAUCAGCUCUUAAACCCCCUGGCCUUACAAACAGAGGUUUUCCUCUUCAGACCUUAAUUUAUUCUUCCAUUUUAGAAGAAUUUGUUUAAUGUUGCAUAAAAGCCUACAUACUAUUUGUGUGGGGGGGAAAUUGUACAUAUUGUUUCUAAAUAUUAUAGAUGUAUUUUAGAAUUAUGAAAAAAAAGGAAAUUAUCAAAGGUUUUGUCGUUGUUUAUAUAAAUAUAUAAAUAGAUAUGCAGUAUAUUUUUUGAAAAGAAAAUCAGGAACUAACCACCAUAGCCCGUGUCAUGUGUCUCACUGAAAUUACAUUUUUGGAAGGGACAUAUGAUUGUAUUGUACUUUGUGUAUCAGUGUUAUCACUUCCUUUCCACUAUGUGUCUGCUGAAAGGAUUCACGUUAUGCGAGUGUGUUUUCUUCACAUAGAGAUGAUUUGUUUAAUUUAUUUAACUUCUAUAGUUUUUGCUUUAGGCCAUAUGAAACAUUCCCAAUGUUAUUUUUAUUUUUUUGCAGUCACUAUAAUGUCCAAAUGUGUUAUUUCAAAUGUUUUUAAGUAUGAUUUCAAAUGCAUAUGAUGAUAAUAAUAAUAAUUCUGUUUUAAAUACAUGGAGCUGUCUACGCAGAUAAACCAUAUACAGCUUAGUGCUUUAGGUCUUUCACAUUUCACUUAUGGCAUGAGAUGAUUGUAAUAGUAUUACCAUGACAACAAUAAAAUAUUUA